CAGCGGAUUCAGAAUCAGCUCGAAUUUCUCUCCCUUUCCGGGAAAAAUAAAGCAUUUUUGAAGUACAAAUCCCCCCACUUUAUAACCUCAAUACCCACAAGAAGUCAGUCCGCUCGAAGUAGCCAUGUAAUUUCUCUCUCUGCCCUGUAUCCGUAUAUAAAUCCUUUUACGUCCUCUCAUCUCCCCCGUAUUUAUAAAAAAUUUCUCUCUCUCUCUCUCUCUCUCUCAUAUUUCGGAUCUGAAUUACUAGAAGCUCAAUAAAGUUCUUCAACAUUAGCGGUAACUCUCUCUGCAAUUGUAUUUUCCGAGAAAAAUUUUCCAGUUUGAGCACUGAUGGCCGAUUAUAAUCCAGAGUUUGACAACUUGAAGAAAUUCUACAUCCCUAAUUACAUACUUGUCCCCGGUUCAGAGGGUGAGUGUCUCCCUGAUGUACCAGAAUGCCCAGUGCUAGUAUUCAUCAACUCCAAAAGUGGUGGUCAGCUUGGUGGGGAUCUUCUUAUCACAUAUCGUUCUCUUCUAAACAAAAACCAGAUUGUUGAUUUGUUGGAAGAGGCUCCUGAUGCUGUGUUGCACAGAUUGUAUCUCAAUCUAGAAAAACUAAAGCUUAAUGGUGAUGAAUUGGCUCUUAGGAUUCAGGAGAAUCUGAGAAUCAUUGUUGCAGGUGGGGAUGGCACAGCUGGCUGGCUUCUUGGAGUUGUUUCCGAUCUCAAAUUAUCUCAGCCACCACCAAUUGCUACAGUACCCCUGGGAACGGGAAACAACCUUCCAUUUGCUUUUGGUUGGACAAAGAAGAAUCCUGGAACAGAUCGUCAUUCUGUAAUCUCAUUCUUGGAUCAAGUAAUGAAAGGCACAGAAAUGAAAAUAGACAGUUGGCACAUUCUCAUGAGGAUGAGAGCUCCAACACAAGGUUCCUGUGAUCCAAUUGCUCCUCUUGAUUUGCCACAUUCUUUGCAUGCAUUCCAUCGAGUGUCUUCAACAGACACACUCAACAAGGAAGGUUGCCACACUUUUAGAGGAGGGUUCUGGAAUUACUUCAGUAUGGGUAUGGAUGCUCAAAUAUCCUAUGCCUUUCAUUCUGAGAGGAAGUUGCAUCCAGAAAAAUUCAAAAACCAGUUGGUUAAUCAGAGUACUUAUGCAAAGCUUGUAUGUACACAAGGAUGGUUCAUGGCUUCUCUCUUCCAUCCUUCUUCGAGGAACAUAGCUCAACUUGCAAAGGUAAAGAUCAUGAAAAAACAUGGUGAAUGGCAGGACCUCCACAUAUCUCACAGUAUCAGGUCCAUUGUAUGCCUUAACUUGCCUAGUUUUUCUGGUGGACUAAAUCCUUGGGGAACACCAAAUGUAAAGAAAAAACGUGAUAGAGACUUGACUCCACCAUUUGUAGAUGAUGGCCUCAUUGAGGUUGUUGGUUUUAGAGAUGCUUGGCAUGGGCUUGUUUUGCUUGCUCCAAAAGGACAUGGGACUCGUCUUGCCCAGGCACACCGGAUCCGAUUCGAAUUUCACAAGGGUGCAACUGACCACACAUUUAUGAGGAUUGAUGGGGAACCUUGGAAGCAACCCCUUCCAGUUGAUGACGACACUGUUGUGGUAGAAAUCUCUCAUCUUGGCCAGGUGAAAAUGCUUGCCACCCAUGACUGCAGAUCCAAAAGUGUACAUGAUCCAACAACACCUACCAAUCAUGAUUCCGACGAAGAGGAUAGUGGUGAAGAAGGGGAAGAGCGGAGGAAGUUUGGGGCGGCAGACACAUUCAAGAUCCCAGAUGAGGUCGACAUUUCUCAGCUCAGUUAAGCCAAUCGUAAUCAUUGAUUUGGUAUUUGUCAAUUUGUCAGACAGUUAUAUUGAUUUGUCGGAUUUUGAGUCUCAAUCACAAUUCAACUUUCUAUAAUUUCUGUUCCAGCUGUAAUUUAAAGUUCUAUGGAAUGACCUCAUGAUUGGCUUGGAUCAAUUUCAUUAAAAUUCUAAAUAAUGUAGUUGUAAAUAAUAAACAGUACAGAUAAAAGCUCGUUUCUGGUUUACGCCUUAA